GAGCUUAGGUCUUGGAUGGAAAAUGCGCCGAGAAACAUUCCUGGCAUAGUUUGGCCGACUUUCAGCGGGGACGACGUCAGCUUCCCGGGAACCGAUAUAAGCGCGGAGGUGGCCAGACUUCAGCAGACAGCAACUGCUUUACUGAGAGCCUCAUCUGCUCUAAACGAGCCUCUAACUCUACAAAGACUCCCAGCAAACAAGAGAGACAAACGACCAAGACAGGGAAUACUACCGGGCGCAGACUUUUCACAAGGAUUCUUCUUUACGCGCAAAGGAAAUUUGUCCAAGAUGCUGAUGUCUACCAUCUCUACUUUUUUCUUCCUCGUGAGCCUUCACGUGGUCCUCUCCUCAUCCUCCUCUUGCCCCUCCAUGUGUGACUGUCCCUCGGAGAUGCCCAAAUGCGCGCCCGGCGUGAGUGUGGUCCUGGACGGCUGCGGGUGCUGCAAGGUCUGCGCCAGGCAGCUGAAUGAGGACUGCAGUCUGACCGAGCCCUGUGAUCACACCAAAGGGCUGGAGUGUAACUUUGGGGCCAGUUUUGCUGCUGCUACAACUCGAGGCAUCUGUCGUGCCAAAUCAGAGGGCAGACCCUGUGAGUACAACAGCAGGAUCUACCAGAAUGGAGAGAGCUUCCAGCCCAACUGUAAACAUCAAUGCACAUGCAUUGAUGGAGCAGUGGGAUGCGUCCCGCUUUGUCCACAAGAGCUCUCCCUGCCCAACCUGGGCUGUGCCAAUCCCAGGCUGGUGAAAGUUGCUGGCCAGUGCUGUGAAGAGUGGGUGUGCGAUGAUGGCAAGGAGACAGACAUCUUAGAAAAGAUCUUUGGCAAAGACAUGCUGAGUGAAGAGCUGGAGAGAGACCUCACCAAGAAGAAUGAGCUCAUUGAAAUUUUCAAAGGAGGACUCAAGUCCCUACCUGCAUUCAGAGCAGAGCCUGAAGUCCACAGGUUUGACAGUCAAAAGUGCAUUGUCCAAACCACACCUUGGUCGCAUUGCUCCAAGAGCUGUGGAACCGGCAUCUCCACCAGAGUCACCAACAACAACAGCGAGUGCAAGCUGGUCAAAGAGUCACGGAUCUGUGAAGUGCGCCCAUGCACUCAGUCACCUUACUCCAGUCUGAAGAAAGGAAAGAAGUGCAGCAGAACCAAGAAGUCCAGCCAGCCAGUGAAGUUCAACUAUGCUGGUUGUUCCAGCUUGAAGAAGUACCGGCCCAGAUACUGCGGGGCCUGCGUGGAUGGUCGCUGCUGCAGUCCUCACGACACCAGAACCAUCCGCGUCAAGUUCCGCUGUGAGGACGGCGAGACCUUCCACAAGAACGUCAUGAUGAUCGAGUCCUGCAAGUGCACUUACAACUGUCCACAUGCUAAUGAAGCCUCCUACCCUUUCUACCGCCUCUUCAAUGACAUCCACAAAUUCAGAGACUGAUUGGUGAAGAGGAUCCAAACCCUUCAGUGAGAAAUAGAUCAGCUGCAUCAUUGGCAGCCAAUGGCAGUCUAGAUGACUGCAGGGGUGAAGGCAGACCAUCAGCCACCAUCUUCUUGUUGUAACUAGAUUCCCAAGGAAUUGUGGACUUACAUCAUGAGGACUUAAUGAAGUGCACUGUUUGCUGUGACUACAUCAGCAUUCUUAACAUGAAUUGCUUCAUAUUAUUGGAGCUUUGAAAGUAGCUUCGUCAUGGAGCAGGUUGUAAUUACUAAUUGUACAUUUACACUAGUUGCUGAUAUCAAUUCACUGUGUAUAUUUUGAUCCUUUCUCCAACAUGACCCAGUCUGUAGACUUGUGUGUGUAUAUGUUGAUAUGCACAUGCGCAAUUUCAAUUAGCAUACCAUGGUAUAUCUUAAAGAACAAGACAACGAAAUGUAACUUGGCGACUUGUCUAACAGGCGUGUAGUUUCAUUCCUUCCUGACGUGGGCAUUAUUGUUCAUGUUUUGUGGCAGCUAUUGAUGUCCCUUCAUGAAAAAAGACAAAGCGAAACAUGUCAAAGGAUGAAUGUUUUUAUUAUUGUUAUUAAUAUUAUUUAUCUAAUAAAUGUAGCUACUUUAUUUGGAUAUUAGGUGUAAUACUGGAAUAAAUUUGUAAAAUGAUUUAAUUUUAUAUGCAACAAUAAAACUGAUUUAUUUAUGAAAUAUUA